AUGUCCCUCAUUGAGUCAUGUAUAAAAAAUGAUUUUCAUGAAAUUAUUAAUAUAAUUGAAAAUGGUGCUAACUAUUUAGAUAUUGAUGAAAAUGGAAAUACCCCUUUUCAUUAUCUUAAAGUUAUACCACCAACUACUCCUAAAUUAACUGCUUGUGACCCUACAUUAUUUAAAAUAUUUAAAACAAGAAGAGAUAUUGAAACUGAUGCAAUUUUUAAUUACCAAAAUGGAUUUACUCAUAUUCAUUCAUCAAUUAUUAUACCUCAUUGUCCUUCAUUAAAACUUGACGUAUCAGAAACUUCAGCACAAAUAUUUAUUGAAUGGUGUUAUUGUAAAUCAUCUCCUACUUUAGAAAAAAUGGCUCCUUUUUGUUCAGUAAAAAAAUCAAUGGAGUUACUUUGUUGUUAUGAAGCAAAUUCAUGUUGGAAAUAUUUAGAAGAUUUUUCAAUUUCACUUUCACAUUUACUUCCUGAUGUUUCUAUUGAGUAUCUUCGUUAUUUUGAAAAUAAUGACUUAAUUGAUAACCAUCCAAUUCUGUUUGAAAAAAUAACUCAAAUCUUUUUUGCAACAUUUAAUUCUCAAGGAGGAGAUGAUUUUAUUAAUGAUCUUUCUCAACCUUUAUUAUUACGUUGUUUGCAUUCUUUAUCACAACUACACCAAUAAU